AACAGUAAUAGUAACCAAACGCAGCCAAGGUCACCACAUGCGCAUAAAUCCACCACUAAUCAUCUUGUAGUUGGCAGAACUUUUCAAUAAGAUCCCAUUGGAUAUUUUUGUUUUUUUUCUUUUUCUGGGUAGAAUUCAUCAUCUUUAUCAUCCUGUGGUUGUUUCUUAUCUUGGAAUUUCUGUUGAACUCUACUGACUCGUUGUCUCUGGUUUCUUCCCCAUAGUUUUCCUCCUAGCUAGCUAGAACCCUGCAAAAGAGAGAAGAUGGUAGUCACAGGUGGUGCCAGCAAAGUUUCUGCAGCCGGAGUCACAUCGGAUUAUGAUCGAACGAAGGAAUUAAAAGAAUUUGAUGAAUCGAAAGCUGGUGUUAAAGGACUGGUAGACUCAGGGCUUGUGAAGGUCCCUCGUAUUUUCAUCCGCCCAUCCGAUAAAACUGACCAGAAAUCCAAUACCAGUGAGAUCCACCCGACUACAAUUCCAGUUAUAGAUUUGGGCAGCAUCCAUGAAGAUGCAAUUCGACAUGAAGAGAUCGUCGGUCAAAUCCGCCACGCAUCGGAGACAUGGGGCUUCUUUCAGGUAGUUAAUCAUGGGAUCCCUGCAAGCUUGUUGGAUGAGAUGCUUGAAGGAGUACGCAGAUUUUACGAGCAAGACAAUGAAGUGAAGAAACGAUUCUACACACGUGACAUCAGCAGAAGGGUGGUGUAUAAUAGCAAUUUCGAUUUGUAUCAAUCACCCGCAGCUAACUGGAGGGACACCUUCUAUUGCAAAAUGGCUCCUAACCCUCCAAAUCCUGAAGAAUUGCCUGAAGCUUGUAGGGAUAUAAUGAUGGAGUACUCGAGGCAGGUUGCAAGGUUAGCAGCAACGCUGUUGCAGUUGGUAUCUGAGGCAUUAACACUAGAGCCAAAACGCCUGAUAGACAUGGGAUGCGCCGAGAGUGAAGCCAUUCUGUGUCAUUACUACCCAGCCUGCCCUGAGCCCGAAUUGACAAUGGGCACUAGCAAGCAUGCUGACAAUGAUGUUGUCACCAUCCUUCUACAAGACCAUAUUGGUGGCCUCCAAGUUCUUCAUAAAAACCAUUGGGUUGACGUGCCACCCAUGCCUGGUGCUUUAGUAGUAAACGUUGGUGAUCUUUUGCAGCUUAUCUCAAAUGACAGAUUCAAAAGCGUGGACCACAGAGUGCUGGCAAAACGCAUAGGCCCCCGUGUAUCCGUAGCAUCCUUUUUCCCGUCUCGUGAAGAUUCCACACAUAUCUAUGGUCCAAUCAAGGAGCUGUUAUCGGAGGAAAAUCCUCCCAUUUACAGGGAAACCACGGCCCAAGAGUAUUCUAAUUUCUUCAGGUCUAAGGGACUCGACGAUGGAAAAUCAAAGAGAAGCAGGGAGAGACACUGGGGGAAAUUCCCUCUGUGAUAGUGUGGUUGACUUGGAAAGAAAGGAACGCAAACAUUUCUGAGAACAGGAGCACCACUUCAGAAGCAAUCCUAAGGAAGAUCAUUGUUAAGAAUGCAAAGAAUUCAGGAAGCCUCCUAUUCAGAAUUCUUUAGUUUUAGCACUUUUUAUAUGCAGUAUAAAUACCAAACAUAUGUUGAUAUGAAGACUUUUCUCUAGAUCUUCUGAUUUCCCAAUGUAUAGCUCCUUGCUGCACAUGGGCUGUUACAUGCACACACUUUUGGAAUGAGCAUAUUAUAUUCUUACCACUUCAAAAGAAUUUAAA